CUGUGGGGCGAGCUUGCCGAUGAGAGACGUGUUGUCCGUCAUGGUUCUGCGGUAUGAUCUUUCCUGGGAUUUUUUCUUUACUGCUUUUUUUCACACAUGGCUUCAGCGCACUCAAGCACGCAUGACGAACCAACGCGUCGAGCUGAACAGCGUGGACCAGAUCAAAGGCUUCAAGUAUGCUGUGUGGAGAGAGGAUCCGAAUCCACCACACGUAAAUCCCGUCCCAGAGGUUGAGCAGUAUCAAGUGGAGCGUGUCAUUCGUCGACAAGCCGGUCGGCAAAUGCUAGCUGUGAGAUCCACUGACUGGUUCCGAGCAGACCUCAUCGGACCCGAUGAGAUUGUGUUCGAGUAUGUCGAUAAAACAUGGCCGACGGGCUUGGUGAUCGAUCGCAUCAUCAGACAGCGAUAUCGCAAGCGUAGUGAGACCGUAGACUCUCCACCACCACGGAAUGAUAAGCAAACCGAACGAACAGCAAAAGGGUUCUUGUAUGACAUAGAGGUACACCGACAUAACCAACCUAAUACAAAGUUUGAGAUCGAGGGUGUCACUGUCGAGGAUUUGAUGCUCAGUACGAAAGACUACGUGUAUCUCAACGGAGUCGAUGCGCUCCAAAAAUACUGCGCAGAAGGGGUAUUGCGCGACCCAAACUUCCACUUCCCUCAAUUCCCAUUGCGUGAUUGGAUCCCACAGAGUGUCAUUAAACGGGGUAUACGUGACGUCCAAGGGAAGCCUGAGGAUGUCUAUGACAUCAUCCUGCGACACUACCCCAUUGCUGCGAGUGGUGAAGAACAGCUCGGCUUCUUUACAGAGGACUCGGCCGCUCUUUCACCCGAAUUCAGGGAUUUCGCGGAACUCCAGGCAAGUGGGGUGGCUAUCACCGAUGACAAUAAUCCAUUCAUUCCGAUACACACUCCAUUGGAACAACGGGUCUUUGAUAGAAUCACGGGUGUGGGCGUCUUCAAGGACGGCUAUCAAUACACGAUCAAAUGGAAGAGAGGUCGAUACGAAGAGACGAAAUGCGACGCCAACGAGAUCUAUCGCCUCAUGUCACUGCGUAUCCGGUACUACCACGAUUCCGGAAAAACUCGACUAGCAUUACCAGAUGUUGUCCGCCGGUUUCUUCAGCUGUCCUCCCCGGAUGCAAUCGAUAAUCACCCCCGCCCCCCAUGGCCCGCCAUAGACGCCGCUGAUGGCUGGAAUCCGACCGAGCCUGACCAAGACGACGAUGAUGACCGGCGUGGCCGUCGAUCCCUCCGCAUCGCACAGCAACGAGCCAGACUGCGUAGCGAAGAGGAGCGUGGGGAAGAGCGCCGCAUUGAGCUCAAUAGAUCGUACAAUCAGCUCAAUGAAGUGAGGCGAGCUGCUCUCGAUAACCCGAAUUACGAGCCCAGCAAUCCCUUGCAAGCGGUAAGAGCCGCCAGACUCCGUGGAUCGACAAGUGAUACGCCAGCACCCACCAGAGACCAGACAGAUGAUGAACCAGUCGAGACAAACAUUGUCAUCAACGAAGAUGGUCAGCCCGAGGAACAAGAAGCACGUCAAGCAAGCGUACCACCAGACGAUGAGUCAGACUCGGACUCGGACUCGGACUCGGAUGACGAGCCAGAACCAUUGACAGAGGACGAACCAGACGAAGACGUCGAGACACUGCGUCGAUACCUGAACCGUAAGUGGCGCGAGAUAUGUCGAAAGAUCGACCCCAAUUUCAUACCCGGUACCGAGCCGGAGCACGACAAUCCGUUCCUCUACUACAGCCCCGACAAGCUCUACAAUUACCUGAUCGAGCAGCUCGGCGAAGAUGGCGAAAUCGGAGACGACGAGACCGAGGAACCCGUACCGAUUUCAAAGGGGCUGACCCGUCGAUUCGUCGCAAGCAUUGCUCACCGGUACCGCUUCCUGAAGCCCAAACGAAGCAACAUCUCCUUCACGGAAAUGCGGGCACUCUAUCACGGUGAGUGUGCCCAGAUCGAUCUGAUCGACUUGCGCACCAGCAACUCGGCCAACCUCUUCUACGGAUACAUAUUUGUCAUGAUCGAUGUCUUCUCGCGAAAAGCGUAUUUUCGACCGCUCGCGCGCAAGACCAAGGAGGCCUGUAUCGAAGCAUUCCUAUCCAUCGUGUUGAUCGACGGCUACCGACCGCGCUACAUAGAGCACGACAAGGAGGGUGCUCUGACAUCCAAGCUCUUCAGCCAGAUCAUCCUGGACGUCAACACAUACAUCACCCAGAUCGACUUCGAUGAGCAGCAAAUCAUGCAAUUCGUGCUCAAGGUGCUGCGAGACGACCGGUUUCAAAUACCACCUAAUCCACGGCAGCAGAACCGGAUUCAGCACCUAAUGACCCCCAUCGUUGCCAGAGCCCGACGCGGAGACCAGUUCUUCUACUUUAUGCCCGAGGAACAACAAGCUAUCAUCGGCAUAUUGACUGGAGACGCCGGUACAACGCACCGACCAUGGACAUCGAAUGGUGGGCAGCCAGUCCCGGAGCCAUUCAAGAUCCGCCGGAAGGCAUUCCUGUCGGGCGAUAUCUACAUGCCCAGCGUGGUCGACCGAUUCAUCCGCACCAUCCGCACCAUGUUCCGGCGGUUCUGGGAGACGAAUCCCAAGGAAAUGAAUCAAUGGUACCCCAACAAGCUCUAUCUGAAAUGCUUGGAGAUCUACAAUAACAACUACCAUCGAACCAUCAAAACGACGCCCAAUAAACGAGCCAGGCUCGACACGAAACGAGAGAGUGCCCGCAGAGUGGACGAUCUACUCAAGGCCCGUGGGGUGGUGUCUUACAUCGUGGAUGCCGAUGCCAUUGCCCAGGCAGAACAACGAGCACUGGGUCUCCGCGCCGACCAACGACCCACUCCACAGGAGAUUGCGCUCGAGCGGUUUCCCUUCCGCUAUGGCGAUGACAGCAGAGCCUUCAAAGCCGGGCAGCAUGUAUUGGUCCUGAAUCUCAAGGCACAGAAGGACAAAAUGCGCAAGGGCUUUGAGCCGUCGUUCCUACCGGACACAUUCCAGAUCGUCCGCUCAAAGGGCAAUGGCUAUGUUGUCAGGCGGCUUGUGAAUGGAGCCCCGGUGCAAGGCGAGUCCGAAUACCAGAACGGCUAUGCAUUCAAAUACUACCAGCUGCGACUCAUCCCCGCUAAUAUCCUGCAGAAGGUCAUCAGGCACCAGCAUGAGAUCGGAGAGGGACGAGUCAAACCCGACCUGAUCCCAUCAUACAUUGAUGGCGAGGAGGGCAUUCGAUGGCAGCUGGGUGCGGAUGUCGUCCUUGGUCAUCGAUACACACACACUGAACAGGAUAGAGAACAGGGUAAGCUCUUCGCAUCUCGAAUCCAGUAUCGAGUCCAGACGAGCCUGGCCGUUGGCGAUGCGGGUGAGAUAUGGGUGCAUGCCUUACAUUUCGCUCGAUACAAGCAAUACAAGACACUGCGCGAGGUCCACACGAGAUGGUAUGAUCCGUCAUACUGGAUCAACCGCUACGGAGAAAAUGAGCCACCGCUCUAUACCGGAGUGGUCGAAAUGUGGGAACCACAGAGCCGUAACAAUGAGGAACGCAAGACAGAGCUGACCAGAUACUUGGAAUUCGAGCUGGAAGCACUGGAGACCAUCAACAAAUCGACACUCUGGGAAGAGGCGGCUUGGGUGACGAUGAAUGCUGCCGAUCUUGGACUCCAGAUCACAAACCGAGACGCCAGCAACAACGCCAUCCCAUUCCGCUUAAUCAACCUGAACUCAACCCAGCCGACCGACCACGGCUCACAAACGACAACACCGAGCUAG